AUGUCGACUUCUUGGAAACCGCAAUACCGCCAAACUCCACCCUGCCAACAGCGCAGAGAUGAGUAUCUGGGGAUGUCUUCCGACAUCUUCGGUCUGGUGGCCGGAUUCUCUGUGGCAUUGUUUCUAGCAGCCAUGUUCAUUUUCCCGACGUACUACGUGGAGAAGCGCGAGCAACGCCAUUGUGAGGGCAAGCGUCAGGCAUCACGACCGCGUGCUGGCGAAAGGGACGCUCUUGGGGAAGCAUGCCGAUGGGGCUCAGAAUCUCACAGAGUGCUCUGUCAUGCAUGCUCGACAGGACCACCACGCCCAUGGGAAAGACAAUCAACGAAUGUCUGCGGCGGUGGCUGUAGAGAGACGGGUUGCGGAUGCAAAGCCACCCGGAGCAGUGAUUCUGGGAUACAUUCUCCGGCAUAUGCUUUGGACGAUGCAGGUGGUCAGCGAGACCGCUGCUCUUCGGACGCUAUAUCCUUUGACAUCACCAUUGGUGGUCUGGGGAACGCAUCCACGAGAAUCACCCAUUCUCAGGGCUAUCCAAAGACAAAGUCAGAAAUGGAAGCAGCUGAAACCUUGAUAAACGGCUUCGCUACCUUGUUGAACCAGAGCCUGAAGUCAAACACACCCCGAGUAGGCGAGGUCUCCCCAUCCACUCCUUCAUUUCCAUCUCCGAAACGGAAGCACGAACGUCCGACGCUUGUCCAGCCACGUUGUGAUUGCGGCUCUUCGUCAAAAUCUCCAAAGCAUGGGAGAUCGACUUCCGAGCCCGUCGAGUUUGAUCCUGCAGCAGAAGAGCCACCACGAAAGCCAGGUCUCCACCACGGGACCUCGAAUGCACCAUCCAAGACCCUCUCUUGCCCGUUCUACCAGCGAGACCCCGAUGGGCGCUUCCGAAAUGAGUCCUGCGCAGAAUCUGGUUUCUUGGACAUGAAAGAAGUCAAGCAACACAUCUACCGACACCAUGCCUUGCCUGUUUAUUGUUCUCGGUGCGCCACGGUGUUCCGCGCCGAGGGAGACCUUCAUGAUCACUUGCUGGAACCGACAAGAUGCGACCUAACUUCAUCUCUGCCGCCGGCGGGAUAUACCAGAAAGCAAGAACACGACAUCCGAAAGCAGAGGCAAGGGAACGAAGAGCAGCAGUGGCAUGCCGUCUACGGCGUCCUGUUCCCUAACGAUCCUGGCCACAUGGUGCCUUCUCCGUAUUUCGACCAUGUCCCGUCGCAAGUUGACAGACAGGAAGAAAAAGAACCGGCCAACAACGUGCAGCAGCAGCAGCAGCACUUCCGCCUACAGCUUCCGCGCGUACUCGAAAGACGCUUCGUCGAAAAUCCCACCAAUUCGGAAUCGGAAACGCCGAUAGCGGAUCCGACGACGCGGAACCGGCGGGGGCAGGACGACGUCACCGUCGACGUCGUGCGAGGUGCCCAGACGGAGCUGUACCGGAACUUCCGCCCCAUCCGCCAACAGUCGAUUGACGACUUCGCGCCGCUGUCACCCGGGCUCGAUGAUGAUGCUGUCCAAGUCCAGACAGACGACUCGAAAGACCGGCAACACUCCCAUGAUAGUUCUGACCUUGGGGUAUUGACCGAGUCUUCGAGGUCUGGGUCAAUACAGUCCAACGGGUUUGUCUGCGGAUCUGACGAGUUUUCUUUCAGUGAAGCAGAGGAUAGGGGAACGUUUUUCCAAAUUUCUGGUGCGGAUCGGAGUUGA